GUACGCCGAAGCGUCAUCUUCAACUUAAAUUUUGUGAUAUUUCAUGGUGAUUUCGCGGUUCGGCCAGUGUGGCAGGCGGGGUGUUGUUUCUGGCGAGCUAAUGGUUGUUUUCACAUGCGUUUGGAGGCGGUUGUUGCUGCGUGGCAGGCUGGCUGAGAGAGUCUCCUGACUGGCCGCUUGGUCCCGCAGAUUGUCGCAGCUGAAGAAAAUAGAACCAGUUGCCAAGCCAGCGGUCGGCACCCAGCGACUGCUUUGCGCGUCGAGGAUUCACAUUUAAAGUUUCUCCCCCCCUCCCCCGGAGUGUUGACUCUUGCAGCCACCUGGAUUUCGGCUCCGGUUUGCUUACACGUUAAUGGUGAAAUUGUUGGCCGUAGACUUGGGUGGCUAACACCAACUAGCUUCAUAACCCCAACUCGUGCGACGACAGCUGUCAUUGGAGAAAGGAAAGUGAUCCCAGCAAAUGCGUGCGCCACUGGAGCGGCUUCCUGUCGGAUUUACAUCUCCUACCUUUGCGUCAAAUGGGCAAAGUUGGGAAUAACAUUGCAACGCUGGAAAAUAAUGAUAUGCGCUAUGCAUUUUUGAGAACUGCGGUGUUGCUUCACUGGAGAGAGGCUAGCUAGCUCGAUUAGCUUGCUAGCUGGCUGGGUGAUAAAAGUGCGACGUUUCAUCCCCCAGUAUCUUGGACAUGAAGAGGAUAAUUCGCUAUCCAUAGGGCUGGAAGAAUGUCAUCAGAGGAUAAGACUGUGGAACCCUCUGACCAGGGACCCUCGCCGCCCUCCAGCAGCGUAGGGGCCACGUCCACAGGAAGUCCUGCCCAGGCAGACAAGCGACCACGUGGCCGGCCGCGCAAGGAUGCUGCUGCUGCCGCCGCCGCCAGCCUACCCCAGGCACCACCAUUAUCCACUUCUAAAAACAGAAAGAAGGGUCGCACCAGAGGGAGGGUUGUUGUGGAUGAGGAGGACAGCAUGGAUGGGACUGAGAUAACAGAGUCCGCAGACCCUCAGGACACAGAAACACAAAUCCAGCCGAUGGAGACCGUGGAAGUGGUGACCACUGAAGUGCCAGAGGAGGACAAACCCUCUUCCCCUCUGGCCCAGAGCCCUCCAGCCGAGGAUUCAGCAGGACCAUCUGUCCCAGCGAGUAGAGAAGUCAAAAGCAGUGAGCGUCUCUGUGCCUUCUGUUACUGUGGCGGCCGUAGCCUUCUGGGUCAGGGGGAUCUGCAAGCGUUCAGCACCACGUCUCAUCUUGACGAACUCCUCAGCCAAAAGGGCGAAGAAGGCUCGACAAGUGAUGGCGGUGACGGUGAUAAAACCACUCAGCCAAAAAUGGCCGGAGAGACCACCUCAGGACAGAAGGAAAAGAAUGGGUCUGAAGGCUGUGAGGAAGAACCGGACCCAGCCAGUCGAUUUUGGGAUGAGCUUUCUCAUGUUGGCCUUCCGCAAGAUCUUAAAGUCCAGUCUCUUUUUGAGUCAGGGCAAUGCUGGGCACAUCAGAGUUGUGCCUUGUGGUCCGACGGGGUUUGUGAGGGCGAGGGACAAUCUCUGCUUAAUGUGGACAGAGCCAUUGACUCAGGGAGCACAAAGCACUGUGCAUACUGUAAGCGCCUUGGAGCAUCCAUUAAGUGCUGUGCUGAAGGAUGUGCUCAACUCUACCAUUACCCCUGUGCGGGGGCAGCUGGGACCUUUCAGGAUAUCAGAAGUCUCUCACUCCUCUGCCCAGAACACAUUGAAUUGGCCAUUCACAAAUUUGUAGAUGAUGUAAAUUGCGUGCUUUGCGAUAGCCCGGGGGACCUAUUGGACCAGCUCUUCUGCACCAGUUGUGGUCUGCAUUAUCAUGGGAUGUGCCUGGACAUGGCUGUGACCCCUCUGAGGAGGGCAGGGUGGCAGUGCCCGGAGUGCAAAGUCUGCCAGACAUGCAAGAACCCAGGAGAGGACACUAAAAUGCUGGUGUGUGACACGUGCGACAAAGGCUACCAUACCUUCUGUCUGCAACCUGCUAUGGACGCUCUUCCCACCAAUGGAUGGAGGUGUAAGAACUGCAGAGUGUGCCUCCAGUGUGGGACGCGAACUAGCGGGCAGUGGCACCACACCAGCCUGCUGUGUGAGAAAUGUGUCCUGAACCAGGACCCCGCUCUGUGCUGUCCUAUGUGUGCUUGCAUCGUGGACCCUGAGCACCACAAAGACUUACUACUCUGCCACACGUGUAAGAGAUGGCUACACCUGGAGUGCGAGCGUCAGAACUCAGGCCAAGCAGAAAUCCACCCCAGAGAGGACUAUGUUUGUUCCAACUGCAGGUCUCCUGCUGCAGAGCAGGCGCUACAGGCAGAGGAUAUGGACACGGGCCCAGAGCUCAGCCCUCAGCCAGCCUCCAUGCACACAAACUCUGAGACUGGCCUACAGCUGGCGCAAAAGCACACAGACCUAGAACCUGGCACUCAGCUGCCUCCUGAAAUGCACAAUGACCCAAAACCGGAAUUACUUGCUGUUCCAUUGCACUCGGAUCCAGAGCCUGUUCAGGCUACCGUCCAGGAGGAGAAGCUAGCCACGUCAGACCAGAAGCCUGAAGCAGAGAUGGCAGACGGUGUCGAGAGGCAGGUUACUGAGCCUUCUGUCAACAACAGUCCGGCAGAAUUCAAACCAGAAACAAAACCAGCAGUAGGGGCCGAGCUCGCACCCACGGAGAGUCCUGCGUCUUCAGUAACUCCGAGCCAGGACGCCUGCCCUGCCCACCACUCUACGGAGGCACUACAGACACAGGAUACCACAUUACAAAUCAAACCAGCAAAUACUGAGACCUGCCCCGCGCAGGGCACGGUCAACCCCAGCACAAAGGAUUUAAAGGCCAUCAUCUCAACCACCAAAGAACCAAGUACUGCAUCAGUACCAUUCACGGACCAACCGAUGGAAGUCUCACUAACCCAGCCUUCAAGUACGGAUGUAGUCGGGCCUUCUUUCCUGGAAACUGCUCCGAAAGAACUCGUUGAGGAGAGGAAGGAGGGUAUUUUUCACAGGAACCUGGCGGAGACUGUUACACCCUCAGCUUCUAGUACAUCAGAGGAGAUGGACACUACACUGGAGAGCCAACCUAAUCUGUCGCUCCUCAGCUCGUCUUCAGAGGAGAAGCCCGUCAAAACGUCUGUAGAAAGAUUAGCCGAAAUGGUUUGCUCUCCGUCACACUUGUCCCCCGUAGCCCGAGGGACGUCCCCCAGAGAACUACCCCAGACUCACAUGCUACCUUCGCUGAGCGACCACAGCGGCGUAAUGCCAACUACCACCCUCAUACCAUUCACCCCAAAGAUAGGAAUGGGAAAGCCGGCCAUCACGAAGAGGAAAUUUUCUCCUGGGAGGCCGCGGGUGAAACAGGGUGCAUGGAGCCCCCAUAGCAGUGUGAGCUCACCCUUGUCCUGGUCACCAGACCAGCCAGAGGGGUGGGACGUCCCAAAGACCAGGCAGUCCUCUGGCAGCCCCGGCUGGAGCAUCAGAGUGGGUCGAGGCUCUGGCUUCCCUGGGAGAAGGAGGCCCAGAGGCGCUGGUCUGUCAGGUAGAGCUGGACGCGGCAGAGCCAGAGGGAAGAACGAAGUGAGUCCCAGCAUCCACCCUGGGGUCACCACGAUAGAAACCCCGUACCCAGUGAAGGAGGAGGAGGAGAAUGCAAUGCACAACACAGUGGUCAUAUUCUCCAGCAACGACAGUUUCACGCUGAAACAGGACAUGUGUGUGGUGUGUGGGAGUUUUGGUCUCGGUGCAGAGGGACGUCUUUUGGCCUGCGCCCAGUGCGGCCAGUGCUACCAUCCGUUCUGCGUCGGCAUUAAGAUCACCAAGGUGGUGCUAAGUAAAGGCUGGCGCUGCCUGGAGUGUACGGUGUGCGAGGCCUGUGGUCAGGCCACGGAUCCUGGCCGUUUACUGCUGUGCGAUGACUGUGACAUCAGCUAUCACACAUACUGCCUGGACCCUCCGCUUCAGAAUGUACCCAAGGACAGCUGGAAGUGCAAGUGGUGUGUGUCCUGUACACAGUGUGGUGCCACCACCCCGGGCCUAAGGUGUGAGUGGCAGAAUAAUUACACCCAGUGUGCCCCCUGUGCCAGCCUUGUGACAUGCCCGGUCUGCCUGGUGGACUACAGCGAAGGCACCGUCAUCGUGCAGUGUCGCCAGUGUGACAGAUGGUUUCACGCUUCCUGUCAGAGUCUCCACUCGGAGGAAGACGUGGAAAAAGCUGCAGAGAGCAGCUUCGACUGCACGAUGUGCCGAACUUUCAAGACCACUAAAGUUGUGACGAAGACCAGAGACAUCACUGAGCCACUAGUCAUGACGCAGGUUGUCACAAAGGCUAGAGAUAUUGAUCUUUCUAGGACCUACACGCAGGACGGUGUUUGUUUGACAGAGUCGGGACUUUGCCAGCUCCAGAGUUUGUCUGCCACAGCGUCGCGGCGAAGGAAACCCAAGCCAAAACUGAAGCUGAAGAUCAUAAACCAGAACAGUGUGGCGGUGCUUCAGGCCCCGGUGGACCCCAUCUCCGAACACUCCCGCGAUGAAGACAUCGAGGACAAUAGAGAGGCGGAGCUCCUAGAUUGCGAGGCGAAGUCUGACUCGAGCCUGGAGCGAGAGCCAGCAGAAGACGACGCCAAGGGGGCCGACGGCGGCAAGAAGAGGAAGAGGAAACCGUACCGGCCGGGCAUUGGUGGGUUCAUGGUGCGCCAAAGGAGCCGUCCAGGCCAAGGUCCAGGCAAGGCAAAACGAUCUCUCUGCAGAAAGGAUUCUUCUGGCUCCGUGUCAGAAAACCCUUUCGGAAAAGAUGAAGUAGCAGGUUGGACAGAGGCUCUGCCAGAUACUCCCGUGGAUGAGGUGCCAGCUGGACCGGAAGUGCCAGAAAAAAUAAAGAAACGCUAUCGAAAGAAGAAGACCAAACUGGAGGAAGCUUUUCCCACCUACCUGCAGGAGGCUUUCUUUGGAAAGGACCUGCUGGACAAAAGCAAGCAGAGCAGACAGCAGGGAGGGGAGUCGGGCCUGCUGGAGGACGGGCAAAGCCAAGUCGAGAGGAAGCACUCGGCCACCAGCUUCCUGGACCCCUCGUCGGACCCUCUUCUCAGCGCCUCGACGGCAUCCCAUCCCGCCAGAUCAGCAGCAGCACAGACGUCCGAGGAACCAUUAGUUGAUCUAUCUGAUGUUUUGAACACUGACGCAGACAUCUUGGGAAUGCUCGGAAAGCCAAGCAGUGACUCUGGUCUUGAUUUUUGCCCCUUCCAGGUUGACAGCUCACCUCCUCCUUUUGCUGGUCUGGACAUUGGGCCCCUGGCAGACAGUUCCCCAGUGGCGCCCCAUUCUCAGGCUGGCCGGAGGACACCUCGAACCCUUCCAGAGGAACCCCUGGACGGCAUACUCAGCCCAGAGCUUGACAAGAUGGUCACUGACGAAUCCAUUCUCAGCAAACUUUAUAAAAUUCCAGAGCUGGAGGGCAAAGAUGUGGAGGAUCUCUUCACAGCAGUCCUCAGCCCAAGCACGAGCCAACCACCUCCACCACAGGUGCCUCACCCCCAUGGUCCAGGGUCCCUUCCUGCCACACCUGGCACUAGUAUGCCUCACCCCAAUGCAGGGAAUCCCAUGUUUCCAAGGAUGCCAAUGAUCAAUGGUAUGAUGGGACCAAACCAACGUUUCCCUACAAAUCCUGGAGCAGGGCCCUGCAUCCCUGAAAAUUUCUCCCCCCUUAACCGUAUGCCUUUCACUGACAAUCCAAGGGACAGAAAAUUUAAUCAGAUGACGAGAGAGGCAGUUGGUCCAUGGCCCUCCCCUGCCCAUGGCCCUGGCCCUACACCCCCUGGAUCUUUGCCCGAAGGGGAGACUGAAGCCAUGUCAAAUGCCCAAAGGAGUACACUUAAGUGGGAGAAGGAAGAGACUCUUGGAGAGCUAGCUACUGUCGCACCAGUCCUGUAUACCAAUAUCAAUUUCCCCAACCUCAAAGAAGAGUACACAGACUGGUCUACAAGAGUAAAGCAAAUUGCAAAACUUUGGAGGAAAGCUAGUUCACAAGACAGGGCCCCAUAUGUGCAAAAGGCAAGAGAUAACCGAGCAGCCCUGCGUAUCAACAAAGUCCAGAUGUCGAAUGAGACGGUGAAGAGGCACCAUCCACAGCAACAGCCCCCUGAGGUGUUUGAUCCCAACAUACCACUAGACACAGAACUCCUGUUUAAAGACCCUUUGAAACCAAAAGAGUCAGAGCAUGAACAAGAGUGGAAGUUUAGACAGCAAAUGAGACAAAAAAGCAAACAGCAAGCCAAGAUCGAAGCCACUCAGAAAUUGGAGCAAGUUAAAAAUGAGCAACUCCAGCAGCAGCAACAGCAACAACAGCAGACUAGCCAGUCAGAUGGUGAUGGCAACAACAGUGGAAACCAGAGCCCAGCCUCCCAGCCCAGUAAUGGUAGCAUGUCCCCCAUGCAGCAGCUCAACCCUAAAGAAAGCUUUGCCAGGCCGCAGCUACCAGGGACGCCCAAUUCAGGGCCUCCAGAGGACGUGUUCUUGCGACCCCCUCCUCCCCCUCCAUCUGGUCCUUCGUCUCAACCCCAGUCUCCACAGGUAUUCUCACCAGGAUCCUCUGGUUCCAGACCUUCUUCUCCAUGGGACCCAUAUGCCAAGAUGGUUGGAACCCCAAGACCACCAACUCUUGGACCAAAUGCAUGUCGCAGAAUGCCUAUGGAAUCGGGUAAAUCCCCCACGUCCUUAAUGGAGCAGCAGGACAGGGGGAGGCCUUCUCCUGCUCAUGAAUCUUUUGGCUCCCCAACAUCGAUGAGCAGUGACCCUUAUGCCAAACCACCUGACACCCCAAGGCCAACCGGGGAAAUGGACCCUUUUCUGAGGCCCAUGGGUCCCCCCAGAGGUAGUCCAGCUGCUCAAGGUAGACCCCCAAUGGGUUCUCCAGGCAGAGACCCGUACUCAAGACCCAUGAUAAGGAAUGAUGCCUAUCAGCGCAUGGCUCAGAACAGGAUGAUCUUGUCUGACCCUUACUCCAGGCCUCUGCUAACACCAAUCCCUGGAAGUAAUGAGUCUGGCUCAGUCCCUCUGUUUAAAACACCUAUGCCCCCUCCACAGGCUCAGGAUCCCUUCAGCCGACCAGGUCCACAUCCCAGUGAUAGAUUCUCCCACAAUCUACAGAAUGACCCUUACGCACAGCCCCCACAUACCCCAAGACCAUCAGGGAAUGACAGUUUCACCAGUCCUCCCAGAAUGGGCCAGCAUCACCCUCAGGGGCACUCGUUUGCUCAGCCAGGACCAAUGACUCAAAUGUCCAGAAAUCCUUAUGCACACGCACCUUCCACACCCAGGCCUGACCACUUCACAUAUGAUCCCUUUGCCCAGCCUUCUGGUCCCAACAAGCCACCUGUAGACCCUUUUUCUCAGCCUACAGGUAACCAGCGAUCCAUCAACGAACCUGGUGCUCAACCUCGACCAUUUUUUGAACCAUAUGCUCGACCUCCUGGCACACCACGUCCACAUGACAACUAUGGUCAGCCAUCAAACACCUCUAGCCCAUCCAAGGACCCUUACUCACAGGCCCCGUCUACUCCUCGCCCCAGUGGGAUGAACCAGUACUCUCAUCCAUCCCACCCAGGACAGAGGAUGUCACCUUCCCACUCAAUGGACCCUUAUGCUCAGCCACCAGGUACUCCACGGCCCUCAGUGGGAGAAAGAUUUUCUAAGUCACCGGGUAGCCAGAGAGGGCCAGUGGAGCCUUUUACUAGUACACCUGGGCCAUCAAGGCCAGGAAGUGCUGACAUGUUUUCCCAGCCUGGAGCACCCAGACCUAUGCUUAAUGACCCGUAUGCCCAGCCGCCAGGGACCCCAAGGCCUGGUCCUGAUUUGCUUGGCAGACAGGGGCCACGGCCAGGACCAAUGGGAAGCCAGGAUCCUUUCUCACCACCUCAAGGCAGGCUUCAAGAACCCUUCCCUCAUCCAGACUCUCAACAGCCAAAAGUCCCUAGUGUGUCAGAAGAUGGAUUUACUCAGUCCCCCUCAAGGAGACCCAGUCAAACACCUAGCCAUGACCCAUUUGAACAAGCUCCCAUGACCCCUCGUCCACAAUCAACAGAGAAAUUGGAUAUGAAAGAUCAAUCAGUUGGGGGUAACAAUGGAACUGGCCCUCAAGACCCGACCCAGCUGUCAAACAACCUACAGAUGCCUGGUGCAUCCUCUGAGACUCAAGGCGUUGCACUUGCUGAAAGCGAGGAAAGACUCAGACAGCGACAACGAAUAAGGGAACUAAUCCUGAAGCAGCAACAACAGAGGAGUGCCAUUCGACAAGAGAGGGGCCCUCAGGAGCCUGCAGGCAACAUGACCCCAGGAACACCACGGCCCUGGCCCAAUGAGGGCCCUGGUCAACAGGAAAUGUUCAACCGGCCUCCUCCACCUUAUCCUGGACAAGGACCCAUGAGAGGACCAAUGAGGUUUCCAGGACCUUUACCAGGGGAUCAGCGUGUCGCUUUCCCUAAUGAAGGACAAAUCCUCCGGGGCCCACAUCCUGGAGAUCCUAAUUUGAGGCAUCAAGGACCAAGGUUCGCCUUUCCACCUGGGGUUUUGGGACCUCAUGGAAACCAAGAGUUUUUUCCACGGGGGCAACACCCAAUGCAGGAUGUCCCUCAUCAACUUAGACGGUCCAUGUCCGCUGAAAUGGCAAAAAGUAUGGGAGGAAAUCCAAUGGGGCUGCCCCAACACUUCCCACCACGCAAUAUGCAAGUGCAACAGCACAAUAUAAUGGGCCAGCCUUUCAUUGAGUUGCGACACAGAGCAGCAGAAAAUAGGCCACGCAUACCAUUUCCCCCUGGUGCCAUGCAGGGAAGCCACAUGGAUCCCAACUUGCAGGGUCAAAGACUAGCAGGUUUUCCAGGACCACAUGAUUCCAGGUUCGCUUUAAAUCAGGGACUCGGAAUGGUAGAACCUAUGGGGAAUCAGCCGGGCCACUUACAGCUCUCGGCCAGCAUGGAUAAUCUUCAUCAGCAAAGCCAGAUGCCAGGAAAUAACGCUCUCAAACAAUCUCCACUGAUGAGAUCUAUGAGCCAGCCUGCUUCAAAUGAGACCCAAAACAUGGCAGCAUCCAUUAUCCUAUCUGCACCCCCUGCUGUUCAGACGGAGACUGUGGCCAACAGUGAAAGUGUGGAGGAAAAGCUGGAUGCAGAAGAAUCUGCAGUCAAGGAUCUAGAGGAUGUGGAAGUGAAAGACCUGGUAGAUGCUGACUUGGAAAACCUUAAUUUGGACCCUGAAGAUGGCAAAGACCUAGAUCUAGAGACCAAUGAUUUGCACCUUGACGACUUUCUAACAUCUGGGAAAUUUGACAUCAUCGCUUACACAGACCCUGAUCUAGACGAUAUCAAGAAAGACAUGUUUAAUGAGGAACUGGAUCUCAGCGAUCCAAUGGAUGAUAAUAAUGACAUGGCAGACACCAAUAAAAAUACAAACGCUGGUAGUGAAGCUUCAUCCAGUUCAACAUCUGGACUGGCAAAGUCAGAGGCUACAAGUGAGCAGUGUACAGAUGAAGUCAAGUUGGAAGUCCCCGGCAAUCAAGACUCUGCUUCUUUGGCACUUGGGCAGGAAAUUAAAACGGAGGUCAAAGACUGCCCGAAGCCUCCCGAAGUGGCAGACCAGCAAGCUCCUGGAAACACCUUAAUCUCGAACCAGCAGGGAGUUCUCCCUGACUCCACCCCAGUCCUGUCUAGUUUACUAAUUAAACAGCAACCUGAAGAGCAGUCAUUAAAUCCAAUAAUUGAAUCUGUCAGUCAAGGAGGUAACCUCAUGGCCCAGCAGAACCAAGUCACUGAUACUCAGCAUACCUCUGGACUUGCAAUGAGUCAAACAAUAUCUGACACCACGACUGCAGGAGAUGUUUCUAUGACUGGAUUUGGGGCAGACCAUCAGGUGGGGGUGAACCCUGGAGUGGAUCAGAGUGGUCUGAGCCAGGCCCAGCAGGCAGCAUUGAACCAGGCAAUGGGUCAGCAUGGCCAACAUCGUCCUCUUCUGCUGGAGGAGCAGCCACUUCUAUUGCAGGACCUCCUAGACCAGGAGAGGCAAGAACAACAGCAGCAGAGGCAGAUGCAGGCUAUGAUAAGACAGCGCUCCAGUGACUCCUUCUUCCCCAACAUAGAUUUUGAUGCCAUCACUGACCCCAUCAUGAAAGCUAAAAUGGUUGCCCUAAAAGGCAUCAACAAAGUCAUGGUUCAGAACAACAUGGGGAUGCCUCCAAUGGUCAUGAACAGAUUUCCUUCUGCCCCUGUACCACCUUGUCCUGAAAGCACACCCCUUCCUCCACAAGUUCUUGGACAGGAUGGCAAACUGACACAAGUAGCGCGGCCGAAUCCCCCCAACUUCGGACCAGGAUUUGUCAACAAUGCUCAGAGGGCUCAGUAUGAGGAGUGGCUCCAGGAGACUCAGCAACUACUUCAAAUGCAGCAGAAGUUUCUGGAAGAGAAGAUCGGGGCUCACAGGAGGUCUAAGAAAGCUCUAUCUGCCAAGCAGAGAACAGCUAAGAAGGCAGGGAGAGAGUUCCCAGAGGAGGAUGCUGAGCAGCUCAAACUUGUCACAGAGCAGCAGGGUGUAGUGCAGAAACAACUGGAGCAGAUCCGCAAGCAGCAGAAGGAACAUGCUGAACUUAUUGAGGAGUACCGGGUGAAACAGCAGCAAAACAAUUUGACUCCGAUGAUGCCUGCAAUGCACCCUUUACCAGGACCUGCUGGCAUGAUGCCCAGUGGGCCACCAAUCGUCCAGCCUCCCAUGAACCCCAUGAUGCAGAUGCCGCUUCAUCCCGGCCAACCAAACGCACCCCCUCGUAUGCCCAACCCUCCGCCUGGCUGGCAUUCCGGUGCUCCUAUGCCCAUGGGUGGACCAGGAAUGCCUCCUGUAAUACCCCCUCAGGUGCCUGUGGGAAAUCCAGCCCAGCCCCUUCAGAUGCCAAUGGUUAAUGUACCUCAGCACGCACAAAUGCCUGUGGAUCCUCAGGCACCACCCGCUCCACCAGGUGGCGUAAAACCCAUGCAGGCAGGCGGUGUGAAGUUUGACGACAACAACCCAUUCAGCGAAGGCUUCCAGGAGCGUGAGAGGAGGGAGAGGCUUAGAGAGCAGCAGGAAAGACAGCGGGUGCAGCUCAUGCAGGAAGUUGAACGUCAAAGAGCGCUGAAACAUCGUAUGGAGCUGGAGCAGCAAGGGAUGAUGGGGCCAGAUGGGAACAUGGCGCCGCUCUCCCAAAUGCCAUUUUUUAACGCAGAGCUGCCACAGGACUUUAUGCAGCCUCAGAGACCCCCUCUGCAACAACAGCAGCAACUUGGACCAAUGUUCCCCCAGCAGCAAGGCAUGCAGCCAGGUAUGAGCUCACCACCUGGAACAUUUAUGCAAGGCGACAGGAGAGCGAUGAUGGGAAAUGGGAUGAUGCCACCAGACAUGGGGCCGGGUAUGGGGCCUGAUAACGUCGCCCUGCAAGGACCCAACUUUCCUCACGGCCAUCCAAGGCCUCGCCAGUUCAGCGGGUCAGGAAUGAUGCUUCACAUGCCAGGUGAAGGUCCACCGUUUGGUGGUGACUCGUCUACACCUCUGCCAUCCAACUUUCCAGGCGCGGGGCAGUCUCUCAUUCAACUCUACUCCAACAUCAUCCCGGACGAAAAAGGGAAAAAGAAACGGAACCGCAAAAAGAAGAAAGAUGACGACGCAGAUUCUGUCAAGACACCUUCAACUCCGCACUCCGACCUCACAGCCCCUCUCACACCGUGUGUCUCGGACACUUCCUCGACUCCCACCAGAAACACCCACGUCUUUGGAGACCAGGACUUGUCAAGGUCCCCUUUACUGGGAUCUUCCACCCCCAGUCACUCAGAGCUCGAGAGGCAGCUUUCUGGAGGACAGUCCGGGCAACAUAGUCUAUCAUCAGACGCAUCGAGGAGCCAGGCUCAGGAGCACGAUAGGAUCCUCAGCAACAUCAAGCUGGAGCAGACCGACGCCAGUGAGUGUCAUGGGCCUAUUGGCUCAGAGAUCAGCUCCGUGAAAGAAGAGGGUAACAAAGGGGGUGCAUCCCCGUUCCCUGCUGGGCAAAGUCCAAACAAAGGGGAGGCAGGCAAUGAACUACUGAAACACCUUCUGAAGAACAAGAGCACGCCUCCACCGGGAUUGUCCCAGCAGAGGUCAGAAGAAAGCCUGCGCUCGGAGGAGGAGGAGACCACAGACUGCAAAAGCCUUUUGAGACAAAGCUCCAUAGACAGCAAUGGGGCCUAUUCAGAUGGCACCCCUGACUUUCCUGGACCUCUGCUCCCUGAACAGGAGAAGAAGAAAGGGAGGAACAAGAGGGCACCUAAAGGAGGGGAGAAACCUGCAUCUCGCUACAAGAAGAGGAAGAAGGAAGGAGACGAGAGGCAACUGAUGCACUCUGGCCCCGACACCGUAAUGACCCAGAUCAAACAGCAGCUCUCCCUGCUGCCCCUCAUGGAGCCACUGAUUGGUGUCAACUUUGCCCAUUUCGCUCCCUACGGCAGUGGCCAGCUCAACGGAGAGAACCUUUUGUCCGGUACUUUUGGCAGUGCCUCACUAGACGGCGUCUCUGAUUAUUACUCCCAGCUGGCGUACAAGCAGAGUAACUUGAGCAAUCCACCGACACCGCCGGCGUCUCUUCCACCGACCCCACCACCUGUGAACCGGCAGAAAAUGAUCAACGGGUUUGCCACGACAGAAGAGCUAGCGAGCAAAGCUGCCGCCAUGGUGUCCAAAGGCCUUGUCCCAAAGCCGCUACAUGUCCCAUUUAGGACCGAGGAGGAUCUGCUAGCCCGGGCCAUCGCUCAGGGUCCCAAAACUGUGGAUGUUCCAGCUUCGCUCCCCACCCCUCCUCACAACAACCAGGAAGAGCUCAGUAAUAGAGGACAGGAGCCCGGCAAGGACAGGGACACGCCUGACAGCUUCGUUCCAUCCUCAUCUCCUGAGAGCGUGGUUGGCAUGGAGAUCAGUCGCUACCCAGACCUGUCUCUGGUGAAGGAAGAGCCGCUGUCCCCCUGCCUGUCACCCGUCCUCCCCAUGCUUCCUGCACCUGAUGGGAAAGGGACGCGGAUCAAACUGCAGGAUAUCAAGACCGAGCCGUCUCCGAUGAUCUUUGGCUCCCCCUUCGGCCCCGUUUCGAACGAUUCCAAACAAGGGCUGGUGUCUGUAGCCAUCACGCUAAGACCAGAUGCGAACAUCACGGGCGUCGUGGCAGCCAUUUCGGACCUGCUGUGCGUGAAGAUCCCCAGCAGCUAUGAAAUCGGCAACGGAGGACCCCUGUCUAUGCUCGGCGGUCCAAGAAUGGGCCCCCACGGCAUGGAGCCGCGGCCCCCCAUGCUCUUCCACGAGCACGGUGACAACGGAGGCUUUCACGGCAGGCCCGGACAGAUGAUUAGGCCCGGUGGAUUACAUGGGAUGAUGCAACAGCAGCAGGCACAUCAUUUCCGUUUCCAUCCCAACAGCCCAGGCUCUGCUGCAGUACGAGGACCCGAUCAUAAGACCCCUGCCAGCCCUGGAUGUAAACCUCAGUGGUGCUGCCAUUGUAAGGUGGUGGUUCUGGGAAAUGGAGUGCAGAAAGCCAUCAAAGACCUCCCAGCACACAUGAAGCAGCUUGAAGGUCGUUUCAAAUCUGAAGAAGACCUCGUCUUCUGCAGCCACAGCUGCUUCCUUCUCUACUGUUCGUCGUCGUCAGCGCAGUCGAGGUCGAACGCGGAAGCUAAGGAAUCGGUGUCCCUUCUCCCAGCCUCCGAGCAAACAGAGAGCCUCUCUAAAACCCAGCACCAGUACAGCAACAACAUGUCCUCACUGGAUGUUCAUUGCCUGGCCCAGCUUCAGCCCAAGCAGUCUCCCCCCUCCACCCCUCCCAUCCCUUUCCCCAUGGCGGGUGAAACUCCCAAAAUGGAAGCCAAGUCCGAUGCUCUCAAAGUGACAGUGAAGCUUAAGGCCCGGCCGAGGCUCCACGACGGCUGGCACCAGGGAAAGAGGCAGAAAGGACUCCGGUGGAGGAAGUGGACUGUCCAGGUGGUGAUACCGAGAGGGAAUUCCCAGCUCCCGGACGAGGAUAAGAUCGACGAGCUCCUCAAGAAGCUCGGCGCCUCCCUGCGUCCCCCGGCUUUGCUCCGAGACCAGAGACGCUGCUGUUUCUGCCACCAGUUCGGAGACGGGAUCACCGACGGCCCCGCUAGGCUGCUCAAUCUGGACCUCGACGUGUGGGUGCAUCUGAACUGCGCCUUGUGGUCGACCGAGGUGUAUGAGACGCAGGCGGGCGCCCUCAUCAACGUGGAGCUCGCGCUGCGCCGCGGCCAAACCGUGCGCUGCGCCUACUGCCAGCAGACCGGAGCCACCAGCGGCUGCCAUCGCCUGCGCUGCACCAACGUGUAUCACUUCACCUGUGCCCUGCAGGCUCAGUGCACCUUCUUCAAGGACAAGACCAUGCUGUGCCACGCCCACAGACCCCGCGGGACAGCCGGGCAAGCGCUGGAGCACGAGCUGCGGUGCUUCGCCGUGUUCCGGCGGGUCUACGUCCAAAGAGACGAGGUGCGUCAGAUCGCCACCGCCGUGCAGCAGCCGGAACUAGGUUACACCUUCCGGGUGGGAAGCCUGGUGUUACACGCCAUGGGCCAACUAACCCCCCUGCAAAUGGCAGCCUUCCACUCCUCAACCGCCAUCUUUCCAGUCGGCUACGAGGCCUGCCGCAUUUACUGGAGCAUGCGCCACGGCAACCGCCGCUGCCGCUACAUCUGUUCUGUUGAAGACAGAGAGGGCUUUCCGGAGUUCACCAUCAGAGUCAUUGAACAGGGCUACGAAGACCUGGUCCUGACUGACGCCUCUGCUAAAGGAGUGUGGGAUAAGGUCCUGGGUCCCGUUGCCGAGAAAAGAACAGAAUCGGGCACUCUGAAGCUGUUCCCCGUUUACCUGAAAGGAGAGGAUCUGUUCGGGCUCACAGUCCCCGCAGUCACCAAGAUCACUGAAUCGCUCCCGGGGGUGGAGGCUUGUGACAGGUACUCGUUCCGUUACGGACGCAACCCUCUCGUGGAGCUGCCUCUCGUGUUCAAUCCAGCCGGCUGCGCCCGCGCCCAGCCGAGAACGAGCUCUCCCUACGCCUCCCUGGUGAUAAGGCCCCAGCCACAGGCCGUAUCCAGCAGCAGUGCCAGGUCUAACCAGAAUGUGGCUCAAGGAGAAGGUGGCGCUCCGCAUAACAAGCCUCCAGUAGUGCACCCCAGGUCCUCCCAGUACCGCUGGAUGAAGAGUGAGUGGAGAGCCAACGUCUACCUGGCCCGCUCCCGCAUCCAGGGCCUGGGGCUGUUUGCUGCCAGAGACAUCGAAAAACAAACUAUGGUGAUUGAGUACAAUGGAACCAUCCUCCGAAACGAGGUUGCCAUCAGAAAGGAAAAGAUCUACCGGUCUCAGAACCGAGCGGUGUUCAUGUUCCGCAUCGACAGCGAACAUGUUGUUGAUGCCACCCGUAACGGAGGGCUUGCAAGAUAUAUCAAUCACUCUUGCGCCCCUAACUGUGUUGCUGAGGUGGUGACAUUUGAAAGGGGUUACAAAAUCAUCAUCAGCUGCGUUCGCCGGAUCGAUAAAGGAGAGGAGCUGUGUUUCGACUACCAGUUUGACACUGCUGAGGGCCAGCACAAGAUCACUUGCCACUGCGGUGCUCCUGAAUGCAGGAAGUGGAUUAACUGAACAAAACGACAAACCCGAAUGCAUUCCUUGCUAUCGUUUGUGCGGAUGCUGCGGCCUCUGCACGGGGGGGGGGAAUAAAAAGAGACUUCACACUAAAGUCAUUUCAUGAAUGAGCAGAAGGCCUGAACCCUUGGAGAAACGUAGACGUUGGUUCAUCAAGUUCAUGGAGUUAAAACGGUUGGCGGGAGAGAAAUGUGACACAGUAGCAGGACGUGACUCGUGCCAUAUGUGAGGGGGCUCUGUUGUAUGCGACGCCUCUGUCUGUCUGUAUGUAUCUGCGUGUUGGGCGUACAUGGGGGUGCGGAAUCCACCAGCGAAUGAGAAAGCACUGUGCAGGGUGCGGCCUUAUAGCUUACUAAGGGCAGGCCCUUUUGUUUCAUACUGUUAAUGUAUACCGUAUGACUAAAUGUAGACAUCACUGAAUGAGGAAUGUACAGCAACGAAUACCGCGAAGGGAAUAUUAACUUGCACUAAAAAAAAAAAGAAAAGAAACAAAAAAACACACACACACAUACACACACACACCCACACAAAAACUUUUAAAUACUUGAUUCCAUGAGUCAGUUUUAUCAUAGGUCUCUGUCAUGUGAUUUGUGUGGAAUUCGAGAGGUUUUGUAUUUAUUACUGAGUGAAUGAAUUUUAUUCUCAAAAUGAUGAGAUUGAGUUAAAGAAGGCUAGAUUGCUAUUGUUUUUGAAGACUGAAGAAGACUUGCUGUUACUUUUGUAAAAAAUGUACAUAAAGAAAACUAUAGGAAUAACCGACCAAAUACUACCUUAACCUUCUUGAUGUUUGGGUGUUUUUAAAUUGUUUUUUUUUUCUUUUUUUUUUUCUUUUUUUGUUCUGUUUGUCAUUGAAAUUUAUUUAAGAUGGACGUUAUUUCAGUUUGAGAGUAUAUAUUAUGAUUAUUCUGUACAGAAUUUGUAAUAUAACCACAAUAAUUCACAAAGUAUUUUUGUUGUAUUAAAAGUAAGGUAUUGUAGCGUAGUGUUUUGUGACUUACACAUACUUUGACCACUCAAAAAAAGAAAUAUUUUUGUUGACUAACGAGUUAUCAGUUACAGAAUCACGACGAAGAAGAAGAAGAAAAAAAAAAGACUUCAAAUAGUAAGAGAUCAUUGUGAUCUGUUUGCUGUUGAUCAGGUUUGAUUUUAAAGAACUGUGAAUUAGGUUUUAAAACCCAAAAACAACUUUUUAACUUUUUAUCGCAAAUAGAAACGGCAACGUGUAUUUACAUGUUUUUACUUUAAAAAUGGGGUGCGGACGUCUAAUGAUGUUGUGACUCUGAUGAACCAGUGUGUGACGGAAAGAAUCAUAUGGGGGGAGCUGUAGGUUUUUUUUUUUGUUUGUUUGUUUGUUUUUUUGGACAGAAAUGGCAUUCUACUUAAUCAAAAAUAUUUCUUAUACUGACACUUCACAAGUCACAUGCUUAGGAGCAGAAGAGUUUUUGCGUGCACAAUUUCAAGUCGACUGUAAAAUUUUGGAGACAGUCUUAGAACUUGUAAUGUAUAUGGCAUGUAUUUUUUUAACUUUCCGAAGACUCAAUUGUAUAUAUUUUCUCAAUGAAUGGUUGUAACAAAAUUGUUUCUUGGAUAUUUUUCUUCUCUUGUAUGUAUGAUAUUACAUCAUCCUGCCAGCGUGUUUGUGCUACAUUUCUUGGUCGUGUAAAGUAGUCAGAAAUUGUUUUUCUUUCUUUUCUUUUCUUUUUUUUUUUUUUUGGAAAAUGCCUUUUGAAGUGUACAGAGUAUGAGGUUUGGAGUUUGUGGAAUUGAAUUUAGAAACAUUUACAAAAAAUAAACUAUUUUACAUGUUA